CUUUCUGUAGCAAUUCCCAAAUCAAAAUUUUCCAGUUACUAAAAUGACGACCCACUUCUUUUACCCCGACAAGGAGCUGCAGGAGGAGCUGAUCUGCAUUGCCAAGGGCUUGGUGGCGCCCGGCAAGGGCAUCCUCGCCGUGGACGAGUCCAGUGCGCAGAUGGGCAAGCGUUUCCAGCUGAUUGGUGUGGAGAACACAGAAGAGAAUCGUCGCACCUAUCGUCAGAUGCUGUUCACGACCGAUGCCAAGAUAGCGGAGAAUAUAUCGGGCGUCAUUUUCCCUCCCGAAUCGCUGCACCAGCGGACGGACGACAGUGUACCGUUUGCCGAGGUGCUGCGCAAGAAGGGCAUCCUCACGGGCAUCAAGGUGGACAAGCAGUUUGUGCCGCUCUUCGGCUCGGAGGAGGAGUUCACCACCCAGGGGCUGGAUGACCUGGCCGCUCGCUGUGCCCAGUUCAAGAAGGAAGGCUGCAGCUUCGCCAAGUGGCGUUGUGUCCUGAAGAUCACCAAGAAUACGCCCUCCCAUCAGGCCAUUCUGGAGAAUGCCAAUGUCCUAGCACGCUACGCGGCCACGUGUCAGUCGCAGGGUCUGGUUCCCCUCAUCAAUCCUGAGAUACUGGCCAUGGGCGAACACGAUCUGGAUCGUUGCCAGAAGGUGGCCGAAACCGUUCUGGCUGCCGUCUACAAGGCGCUCAACGAUCAUCACAUCUUCCUGGAGGGCACACUGCUGCAGCCCAGCAUUGUGACGCCCGGACUGCAGAGCAAUAAAAUGAAUUCCCCAGCGGACAUAGGUCUGGCCACGGUGCAGUCCAUACGUCGCACUGUGCCGCCGGCAGUGCCUGGUGUCAUGUUCUGCUCAGGCAGUCAAUCGGAGGAGGAGGCCACUGUCAAUCUGAAUGCCAUAAACAAUGUGCCACUGUGCAAGCCCUGGCCCAUGACGUUCGCCUUCGAUAGAGCCUUGCAGUCUUCGGUGCUGCGCAGCUGGGGCGGUCGCAAGGACAACAUUGCCAAUGCUCAGAACGAGCUGAUUAAGCGCUGCAAGGCCAACAGCUUGGCCAGCAUUGGCAAAUAUAUUCCAGGCUCUGUGGAGAGCUCUGCGGCUACGGAAAAACUUGUGCAGGAUGCCAUUGAGUACUGAGCAUCAGCGCUCAACUGAAACUCCAGCAAACUUUUAGGCUAUAAA